UGGGGCAUCCACAACCUCUCUGGGCAGCCUAUGUUGCUUGUGUGUUGGUUUUUGUUGUUUUUGUUUUUUAAACGCUCCAUUCCAGCAUGUGUUCACGCAGUCAGAUGCAAGGAAAGGAAACGUAAAGGCAUAGCGGCAGUCUGUAGAUGCCUCUGCUGUAUUUUGAGGUUAUGAAUCUUAUGUAUAUUUAUGGAUUGUUUAGCUUAGUUUCAUAAUACUGUUUCAUUUCAGCAACAACAAAUAGUUCCAGUUUCCAGACCAGAGCUGAGGGCCUUCUUAACCUUCAGUUGAUUCUGGCCUGACAGGACUGUAUCAAACUCAGUGUCACAUUACUGGCUUUCCUGGGCACACCUUGAAAGCUUUCUCAUGAUGAAAAACCCUUCUCUUUCUCUAGACAACAUUUUACAUUUGUACCUAAAUGGUACACAUUUUGCAUUUGCAUUCCGAGUAAUGUGUGCACAGCUGCUAGUCACAUCAGAGCCUGUUUGCAUCGUUUGUCACUUCUCUGGGAUUUCUCUGUCACAUAACCAGGAUUUUGUCAUCUCUCCUCUAAUCUGCUCAUCCCUUUUUUGAGUGAAUCACUUUUAUUCCUAACUGGUGCACUUAGUAGAAUUUAUUUGCUGUGGAAUUUUCUGCUAACGACACAAAAACGUUGAAGUCUUAUGGUUCUGAUUUUGGUAAAAGCUGAAAUGUUUGUCUGGAAUUAUUUCUGAAUGUGUGUUUUCUUGUUUUAGAUCUCAAACUAGAAAUCAAACAUGCUUUAUGUUUCGUUCUUGUAAAUUAAUCUUUUCAAAUUGCUGAUAAGUUGUUUUUGUUCUUUUUUUGUAGCGAUCUACAAUGUGUACAAAUCCUUGCCUGUUACCACUCCUGACUGUUAAAUAGUUUAAGCAUGUGGCAGUUCAUUUUUUUCUUAAUUAAAAGUAAUAUCCUGAACACCAUCUAGAAAUAUCAAAGUAUUAGAACCUGAAUUUUACCAACCUCAGCUUUAUUUAGGUAAUAGUGCUUUUUAUUUAAUAUAUCAAAAAGGUAAUGGUUCUACUGCACAGUAGGCCCAAAUCUGCUCAUCUGUAUACUGCUAAGAUAAUUCGUUAGCACCAUUUGUGUUAAUGAAAAAGGAAACGUCUUCAGUGAGACAGUGUGCUUUCAGAAGGCAGAGAGUUAGAAAUAGUGAGGUGUGCUUAACAAUUAGAGAGUAAUAACCAAGAGUUUUAAAAUAGGUAGGCUUUACAGUUGCUUUCAGGGGCUUAUGUCAUAUAUGCUAUAGGAAAAAAAACAAACUUAAUGCUAUGCAAAAUGGCAUUUUAUGCCAUGGGUUCCCAGUGUAGUAAUGCAGUCCUUGACCUGUAACUUAAAAUCCAAACCCAAGAUUUGGUACUUGUGGAAGAGUGGAUGGGCGAUCAGAGCAGUGAUGCAGAGCACCUGGCUGAGCAGCAGUGGGACUGACCUGCAGGGUGACCUGGCAGCUGUGCAUUUUAACUUGUGACCUGGCCUACAGCUAAGAGGAAAGCUCAGCUGCUUAUCUUCCACAUUCAUGUAGAAUUGCAUUUGAAAAAUAGCGUGGAGGAAAAAUUGAUUUAAAAACCUGAAUCUGGUAUUUAGGUAACCUCAAAAACAGUUAAUUAUUAAUACAUCCAAGAGUUUGAUGCAUCCAGUUUGUUAGUACUUGUGGAAAUUUGACUCAUUGUCCAAUAGCUAACCAAGUACUUGGAUGUCCACUUCAGUACUUGCUUUAAUUCAAGAAGUUCUACCAAUUUCAGUAAAAAUAAGCAAGUUUUGACUUCAAACAAAGGUUUGGCACCUUAGUAGUGAUAAAUCAGAAAAACUGUCUAUGCUGUGUGUUAGACUUCUGCAUAACUCAGGAUCAAGCCUUGGGCAACCUGUGGAUGUUCCUGUUCGCUGCUGAGGAAGUCGGACUAGAUGACCUUCAAAGGUCCCUUCUAACUCGAAGGAUUCUGUGAUUCUGUAACUCUUUGAACUUACACACAUGUACAUGCAGUUUCUGAAGCCAGUGUGAAGUAGCAGGCAUCAGGAAUUCAGCUUAAUCUUUUUAUUUAUCAAUUCAGAAUAACUGUCUCAUUAACAGUAGAACUUCUAAAAGCAGUCUUAGUUCUUUCUGUGUAUUGGUAGCUCUUCUGGAGAAUUUACCUGCUGAAUGACUUUUAGAAAGUUUUUAACAUAAACACUGAAGAUGAAUUUGAGUUUAGUAGAUAGGUCAAGAAAUUAAAUUAGUAUAAAGACAGAAAAGAACUAACACUGUAAUUAGGAUUUGAAAAGCAGAGUAAGUAUCAAAUAAAUUGAUUUACUGCCAGAGAGAAGUAAGUUUGGUGCUGCUUCCUUAAAAGCCCAAAUAUCUUUUCAUGGCAAACAUACAAUAAUGAAGGUUAAAGGAGAAGUUUAAAGAUCAGGUAAAAGGUCUCUGAAAAAAAAAAACUUAUUUUUUGUAAUUGUAGCAGAUACAGAGAUACAAUGCUGUGUUGUAGUGCAGGUCUGACUUUUUAAAUGGCAGAAAGUUGGGGGUGGGUUGUUUUUUCUGUUUCUGGUUUUUAAUACUGGUCAUGGCAAGAAGUGCAUCUACGCUACAGCCCUUAGUCAUAGUAUCUAUUUCAAUCAUUCUCUGUUCUCAAGAUGAAUUAUUAUUUUCUUACUUUAUUUUCAGAAGGGCAGGAAGCUUCAUACAUCCUAAAUAGAAAUAUGCAGCUUGCAAAACUUGGAAAACUUUGUAAGUAAGCUAGUUAUGUACAGUCAACAGUGCAUAGGAGAUGCAGACUGUGAACUGCUGUGUGCUUUGUCCCCCAAAUGGAGAGUUUUUGUUGAUGUGCUGAUGUGUAUGUUUUAUACAGAGCUGUGCGCUGUGUCCAAGAUUAGCUUCCUCUAGCAUCAGGCACAGGAUCAGCCAUAGCUGGCGUAGAGGACUGGAUGAGCUUUGGAUCUGACAUUAAUUGAAGCAUUUUACAGUGCGAGGGCCGUGGAGCAGGGCUUUAAUGUGCGCAAGAACCCUGAGAAAUAGGAAAAUACUACAAAGCGAAGACAAAAUACAUCUAACGAGAGCUGAUCUCUGCUUUCAUUGUUUUUUAAACUUAGUCAAAUAGCUUCUGUAAUCUGCUGUGCUAAAAUUAUUAGCUUAAAGCUGGAAAAAAUGAAACAGUUGAAAAGAAAAAGAAAAAGUAAUUUUAGUGUUCAGGAAACUCAAACUCUCCUUAAGGAAAUCAGAAAAAGGAGAGAAGUACUCUUUUCAAAGCAACUUAAUACAACAAUUAAUGAGAUGAAACGGAAAGCGUGGGAGGAAAUAGCAGAGUGUGUGAAUGCUGUAGGUGAAGGUGAGCAAAGAACAGGGACAGAAGUGAAAAGGCGAUACCUUGACUGGAGAGCGCUCAUGAAGAGGAAGCGUCUGAACGCAAACAUCAAGGCAGUUGGUGGAGGGUUUCACCUUCCUUCAUCCGACUUGGAUGACUCUCUCAAUGAAGAUAUGGAUGACAAAAUGGGGUUUGCAAAUGAAUCUAGUUUUGAAUGGCAGAACAUUACUGACUUCAGAGAAGCAGGUGGAUCUUUAACAGAAAUCAAAGUAGAAGAAGAAGAGGAGGAUCCACAGAAUUUUGAAUUUCCUAUUGAGGAAGAAGAAAUUUUUUCAUCAGUUUUGCCAGAUUCAAAAAAAGAAAAUGACUUACCAGAUUUCACCCACAUUGAGGAGUUUGGAAAUCUAAGUUCUGCUCAAGCUAGAUUAGCCUAUGAAGAUUCACACUUGCUUAUAAAUCUAGAGAAGCAGAAGGUGGAACUGGAGAAGCAGCGGUUAGAUAUUGAAGCUGAACGGUUGCAAGUGGAGAAGGAGCGCCUACAAAUUGAAAAAGAACGGCUGCGGCACAUUGACUUGGAGCAUGAGAGACUGCAGCUGGAGAAGGAGCGACUUCAAAUCGAGCGGGAGAAACUGAGGCUAGAGACUCUGCGUGCUGAGAAACCUGCCCUGGAAAAUGACCUCACCCAAUCAGAAAAACCCAUCAUACAGCCUCUGGAUCUAGAAACUGAAAAGUUAAAACUUGAAAAAGAACGCUUGCAGUUAGAGAAAGAAAGGUUGCAGUUCUUAAAAUUUGAGUCAGAAAAGCUGCAGAUUGAGAAGGAGCGCUUGCAAGUGGAGAAAGAACGCCUCAGAAUUCAGAGAGAGGGUCUCUUGCAGUGAACUUCUCAACUGGAGUGUUAAUACUAGUGUUCUCUUGUUGUGUAGAAUAUAGGUAGUUCUUUUUCUGAUGCUGAAACUGUUGUAAAGGUCUAAUGUUCUUCUGUUCAGAGUUGAAUGUUGAUGUUGAACUGUAAUAAUAGAGAGAAAAAAAAUGGUGCUCAAUAAGUCAGUGUGCCUGUGUAAAUAUGCUUAUGUAAUAAAUUGCUUUUCAGUGUAUCAGAA